GCUUGUCAUACUUGGCUUGCUAUACUUGUCUUCUGUCAUAAUAAUAAGGAGAUCGAACCUUAUCUCACAGUAGUUCACAUUUUACUGAUAAUGUAAUUUGCUCUCGCUCAUUUCCUCAAUAAACACAUAGGAUUAAAAAUGUCGCGGUUUUUGUGGUGCAGUUUCAUUGUAUUUAUAACUGUGAUGGACAUAGCCUCAACGAAGAGAAUCAAAGACAUGAUUUACAUGUCCAUUGAUGGAGUGUCAGCCUGUUUUCGAAGACACAAUGGAACCCAUCAGUUUGGAUGCUCCUCUCAGAGAGGAGGGAGUGUUGGGGUAAUCCAAAUGGUGGAGAGCCUCGAGGACGUGCAGUGGCUGGAGAGUAACGCCACUGCGGGUCCCUACACAGCUGUGAUGCCAUUCUCCAUGUUCACCAAAGACGUGUUACAUCGUCUUCGAGGGACGAAUAACAUUAAUGGAAUUCUAUUAGCGAAAAAUAGUAGCCACUCACUUCCGUCCAGUUAUUCACCCGAAGAUACAUGUCCAAAUAGAUAUUCUGGAUCAAAGGCGUGUGACGCUGCGAAACCUUGGAAUCCCUGGGGAAAUAACAUUCUCCAUGAAGACUGGCCAUUUCCCAUGUUUUAUGUUCAGAACGACACACUCCUCCACGAGAUAAGAGCCUGCUACACGAAGCACAACGCUCACGACCGUGAUUCCCAACGAGACCGCUCCCUGUGUGCCCUCGAGAUGCAAUCGUUCAUGUCAGCAGCAGUGGACUCCGAGACGUGCAUCAGAAGGAACAACCUGAUCCUCUAUAUGAAUCCAACGCGGUUCUGCGACCCCUUGGGAGACAGGAACAUCCACUGGCCCUUGGCACCCCUGACGAACACCACCAACUCGAUGACCCUCGUGAUCGCCCGACUCGACGCAAACUCAAUGUUCGACACAGUCGCCCCAGGUGCCAACAGCACAGUGACAAGCCUGGUGAGCCUCCUGGCGACCGCCUACUACAUCAACUCCCUCAACGCCACAGCCAGCGCCAACAAUGUUCUCUUCUCCCUUCUCAACGGCGAGUCCUUCGACUACAUCGGCUCCAGUCGCUUCGUCUACGACCUGAAGGAGGGAAAUUUCAACGCCCUAGCCGGCAGAAACCUCCCUCUGUCCACCAUAACAACAGUCAUCGAGCUCAACCAGCUGACAGACGAUAAACUCUUCAUCCACACCAACAACGACUCCCCCAACAGCCUGAUCUCCUCCUUGAGGGAUGCCCUGGGAGGGACUAUCCUCCAGGGAAGCGUUCCCCCCACCUCGAUACAGAGUUUCCUGGGGGCUAAACCUAGUCUACCAACUGCUCUGAUCGCCUCUUAUGGCAAGCAGUUCCACAAUCCCUAUUACCAAGGUAUCCUCGACAAUUCAGAAACCCUUGGGAUCGAUAAGAAGCCCAUCAACAAGACCCUGGCGAACAUAGCUGUGAAACUUGGGGAUGUACUGUAUGAGCACGUGACCGGGGACAAGUCACCAGGGGGAAAUGGCACCUUCAUCGAGGAGUUGAUUACCGAGAUGCUAUCGUGUUAUCUCACGAGUGCUCAGUGCAGUCUAUUCCAGGCAGCAUCUCCACCAGGUGUUAAACCAGUUAAUCACCCACUUCCCCUUUAUGUGAGUGUCGCCACCAGUCGCAACCCAGCGACAAGCCUGACAGGACAAUUACUAGCACUUUUGACAGGGGAAAUGUUGAACAUGACAGCACACGAGUGCCACGAUCACAGACUAACCUGGAUGGGGGGAUACUCCUUCAAUGGUGUAUGCAUUAAUUCAACAGUUAAUUACACCUCUGCUGUCAGCCCAGCCUUUAUCAUCCCCGGGUAUUCGAUGAAGUCAGGGCUUUACUCCACGUGGACAGAGUCCAUCUGGCAGACACUCAGUGUUCGCAUGUUCCUGAAACCCUCCGACACUGUUGAGAGGCUGACCAUCAGUCUCGGGAGCAUUGUCGCUGGGCUGUCCUUCAUUGUUGUCUGGUUCAUCAACUCCAGGGCUCAUCUGCUCUUCGAGACUAGCAGGACACCUGCCUGCUAGGACAACGCCGCGGACCACAUAUCAAUGACGAGGCUUGGGGAGAGGAAUUUUGGGGAGGUUCCUGUCACCAGCCUGUGAACAUGAGCUUUUUUCGGCUGGAGGUGGAAUUUUGUGUGUGGUGCGCCCUCGGACGUUAUUUAUUUUAGAUCAGUUUUAUUUCGUGAAUUAACAGCAAUUAAUGGUUUUUUUUGGAUGCCAAGGGAAAUGAAUUCACAUUACGCAGGAAAAAAUUUCAUAGAAAAAUCUUGCGAAUUUGAUGGAAAAACUCCUAUUGAAUGAUUUUAAAAAUUCUA